AUGAAGCUCAUCAGACACAUAACGUGUCGUCCGGCCGUUGUGAUUGCACCAUUCCUUACUUUGUUCGUAGGACUUUCUCUCUAUAUCAACCCGUACCGCCGAGUUCAUCACGGCCAUCCAACCCAAACUGCGCUCAGUUUGCCUCACAGGAUCCAGAGUUUUGAUGGGUCAUGGAAUUACACUAGAGAUGCAAACAACCUGCUCCUUACCCAGGCUCAGUGCGACCAGGCCUUUCCGGAUCUUUUCGUCGAAAUUGAUCGGGCGAGAGAUGCACGCUCUGACCGUCCGAUCACGGCGAGGGAGCUCGAUUCGGUUACAACACAAUCUGGAUAUGUCCGAGCUAUGAUCUAUAAGCAGCGACUUUAUGUAAUCAAAACAGGAGGAGAAUCUUUAUCGCGUGAAAUUGCGACACUUUUCGCUAUCAAUCGGGCGCUAGUUUCUACAUCGGAGCCUCUUCCAAAUAUUGAGUUCCUAGUGAGCACUGAAAGUGACAUGAAUGAUGUCCCGAUAUGGACAUAUGCUCGCCGCCCGUCAGACGAGUCCUUUUGGCUGGUCCCCGAUUUUGAGGGUUGGGCUUGGCCAGGGACUGAAGGCGAAUCCAUUAAGAACAUUUUUCUAGCGGCUCAACAUGCUGGACAGAGUGACAGUCGUUGGAAAAAUAAAAGUGCACAGAUCCUAUGGCGCGGAGAAGCAAAUCCGAGGACUUCCGUCAUGGAUCAACUUCUCACGAUUUCUAAGGAAAAGCCUUGGGCGAAUGUGGAAUUGGUCAGUGAAAGUCAGAAUAACGGCAAUGACAAUGGCCAUGAGUCUAUAUCAGAAUACUGCAAGUAUAAAUUCCUUGCUCAUAUUGAGAAGACUGGAUACUCCGAAAUGCUCAAGUAUCUCCAACUGUGUCAAAGCGUGAUAGUCUCUCAUAGGCUGGAAUCAAUUCAGCAUCAUUUUCACUUAUUGCGUUCAUCUGGAUCAAAACAGAACUUUGUUGAGGUUGAGCGAGAUUGGUCUGAUCUUCCAGAAAGGAUGGACUGGCUAUUGAAGCACGACGAUGAAGCGAAGCGCAUCGCAGACAACAAUGUGGAGGUUUUCCGCGAGCGAUAUCUCACGCAGGCGGCGGAAGUGUGCUACUGGCGCCGCCUAAUGCGCGAAUACUCAAAAGUCAGCCCUGAGCCGAAAUUUUUCACCGAAGAUGCUCUCAUCAAGCAUCAGAUUCGGAAACCCGCUGCGGUUCAUAUUCCGAGGCUUGCAAGAGCUUCAGUCUCGGGCAAGACUCAGCCUAACGUCAAAGGCGAUGAAGAAUACGAUUUUGAGGCAUCGCCUCUGAAUUCUGAAGUGCUUCAAAACAAAGCCGAGGGUGCUGGAAACCAAACGUCAACUAAUCAAACUUUCGAUGCGGCCACCAUCGAAAAACACAAAGCUGAUAUUUACGAGAGUAUCCUUCCAGAUGGGUCAAAGAAGGGAGUCAACAAAGCGCCAAAGGAUCAGGUUGAGCAGGAUGAACAGGUACCAAAUAUGGAUGAACUAUAA